UGGCGGCCCUGGCCAGAUGAUUGCAGUUUUCGAACUCCGACUGAGCAGCAGUCUAUGUAUAAGAAGCCUCAUUGUUGGCCUCGUGUGUUUAUCUCCAUCAUCUUGACAGUUGCUGACGACAGAAUACUCAAGGACCCAGAGGCGAGGACAUCAAACAGUGUUUAGGACGAGAAGAUGAAAGAAGAAACACCCAGACGAAGGCACAGGAAGGGCUCUUGUAAUAGGCCGGUGCACCACUUUGGGGAAUAUCCCGAAGCACCUUUCGGGACAACAUGGAAUGAUCGCGCAGAAUGUUUUAAUACUGGCGUGCAUGGCCAAUCGGAGCCUGGUAUACAUGGCAUUAAGGGAAUGGGUGCCUUCUCAAUUGUCGUCUCGGGUCAAUACGAAGAUGACAAGGAUGAUGGGGAUACGAUCUUAUAUACAGGUUCAGGAGGUCGCAAGCGCAGUGAUGGCACGCGCGAGCAGACCUGUGAUCAGAAAUGGUCAGACCCUGGAAAUGAAGCACUCCGUAAAUCUUCCGAAACAGGCAAACCCGUGCGCGUCAUUCGGGGCUACGAGCUCGAAUCCGAAUUUGCGCCCUGGGAAGGCUUUCGGUAUGAUGGCUUAUACGUCUGUAAACGUGCACGGCAAGAGAACAAUAAAGACGGUCAUUAUCUCAUCUGUCGUUACCUUAUGGAGAGAGUUCCAGGCCAACCACCCUUACGCCGUCGUUCACCGGUUGUCGGCCUUUACAUGCCAAUACCAGGCUUCGAAGACGUGCAACCGCUAGCGCCAGGGCCAAAACCAGUAAAUGGACGCCAAAGAAUCAGGAAUCGGUUGACGGCCUUGGUGGCUAAUGAUCAACGAAUUCAUGGCCCCUGUAAAGAGCUCCGCCGUUGAGCUCGCUUGCGAACGUGGUAUACGUGAGGCCCUCUUGCGCCUAUCACGCCUAAGCCCAGGUUCAGCGAGACCCAAAGAAAGGAAAUGAGGCCCCCGAUUGAAAGUGCGAUAUCAUCCUGAUGAUGACGAAGUGCAGAUAUGUUCUGUGAGGAAGAAGAUGAGGCAGAUGUAAUACCUGAUGACCUUGAUAUGAGUAUUGUACAACAGACCCUGUGAUAUACAGCCGCAACUUUCGAUGCAUUACCCUCCAACUUGACCAGUAGAUGGCCC